GCACCCAGAGGCAGGUGAUAAGGGGGUGAAUCUCCAUCAGCUCUGUCUUCCUAGACAAGGUUCCAGAGAUGGUGUGUUCUGGAGACACCCCCACUCCACAACCCGCCCUGACCCCAUCCUGCCUAGGUGUUCCCAGGUGUGCCGUCUGUCCUUGACAGUAUUGCAUGGCUCAUUUUCUGGCCCUCUGCACCUUGAGUUCUGUCUGUUUCUAGUUUCUUCUGUCCAGCGUUUCCUUUGGUUCUUGGUUCUGCCCUGGCUGCCCAUCCUGGGGCACCAGAAAUGAACUGCUUAGCUCACCCCCCCCACCCCCCUUACUGUAUUCCUUGCUAGCCUGGCUCUUUAGUUCAUUGCUGCUCCUAGUCUCAGCCAGACUUACUAAGACACUCAAACCCAGUUCUCUGGCCAGCCUGUCCCCAGCUGUCUGGGGACUUUCUCCCCUACUUUCCCUGCCUCCCCCAGCGUCUGUGCAUGCAAAUCCCAGGGAGAGUGGGGGACAUUUGCCUGGCACCCGCCCCCUACUUCCUGUCCCGAUAGGGUUGUGGGGGGGCCUGGAGGAGAAGGCUGGGCGCACACAGGGACAGCCCACAGACUGCAGAGCUGUGGUGGGUGAUCACAGCUGCCACCAUCUCCCCUCUGGGCCCCACAACCACUUUGAGACUCAGGUGGCUGAGGGCGGCCCUGACAUGCCCCUGUGUCUCUCUCCUGCCAGGCUGGAUGGCCCACACUUAAGCUGUUUGUCUUCCCCAAGGUAGGGGAGGGAGUGUCUCCAAGGCCUGAGAUGACCCUGUCCUCACUCCGCCAGUACCCAGAAGGAGUCUUCUACGACCUGGACAGCUGCAAGCCCUUCAGUUACCCAGAUUCAGAUGGGGGCCUUGACUCUACAUGGGGCUGGACAGAGGCCCCGCCUGCUCCUGCCAUCGCUCCCUAUGAAGCCUUCGAUCCUGCUACUGCUGCCUUUAGCCACUCCCAAACUGUUCAGCUCUGUUAUAGCCAUGGUCCUAACCCCUCCACCUAUAGCCCCAUGGGGACCCUCGACCCAGCCCCCAGCUUGGAGGCCCCAGGGCCUGGCCUCCAGGUGUACCCCCCAGAGGACUUCACCAGCCAGACCCUGGGCUCCUUGGCUUAUGCUCCGUACCCCAGCCCUGUGCUAUCAGAGGAAGAAGACAUUAUGCUGGACAGCCCCGCCCUGGAGGUCUCGGACAGUGAGUCAGACGAGGCCCUCUUGGCUGGCUCCGAGGGGAGGGGAUCUGAGGCAGGUGCACGCAAGAAGCUGCGCCUGUACCAGUUCUUGCUGGGGUUGCUCCUACGCGGGGACAUGCGCGAGUGCGUGUGGUGGGUGGAGCCAGGUGCCGGCGUCUUCCAGUUCUCCUCCAAGCACAAGGAGUUGUUGGCUCGCCGCUGGGGCCAGCAGAAGGGCAACCGCAAGCGCAUGACGUAUCAGAAGCUGGCCCGAGCGCUGCGCAACUAUGCCAAGACAGGCGAAAUCCGCAAGGUCAAACGCAAACUCACCUACCAGUUUGACAGCGCGCUGCUGCCAGCCUCCCGGCAUGUCUGAGCACUCCGCUAAGGACCCCUUUCUGGCCCCUAAGUCCCAUGGAGCCCCAUAUGAGGGCAGUCAGGGUUCUCAGCUCUCCCUAGAGCCUCCCCAGAGUUUCCUGUGCCGUGUAUAGGAUUCCAAUCUAGGAUGGUCGUGUUUGAGGGAGCACUGGCCAUUCUACACGGUUUCAGAAUGGCAGGUUUCUCGGGGGGGGGGGGGAUGGGGGAGCCCUGAUGUCGUCUACGGUUCCAGAAACCGCAGUUCUUGCGAGUCCUGUGAGCUCACAUGACAUCUCACCAGCAGGUGGCGCUGUCUACAGCCCCCCCCAAACCCUUGUUUUGUUGGCCAGAUAGGUCGGUCCCUCUGUACUCCCCCUGAAGCCCUUGUUAGAUCUGAGGUCUAGUUAUGUUUGGAGCUCUCUGAGAACCCUGUGCCACCUGUGUGUGACUUUUCUCUGCGUCCGUUUAUGACUUUUGUUUGUUUGAGACAGGGUCUCAUUAUGUAGCUCAGGCUGGCCCCCCAACUUUUAACAAUCGUCCUGCCUCGGCCUCCUGAGUGCUGGGAUGACAAGGGUGCACCAUCACACCAGGUUUUUUCCUUUUUUGAGAGAUUUUACUAUGUAACCCGGGCUGGGCUAUUCUCAAGCUAGUGGCAGUCCUCUUGCCUCAGGCUCCUCUUGCCUCAGGCACCCCUUGGGACCCUCUGGGACCUAUGUCCGAGAUGAAUGGCUGGGUAAGGUAGGGUGGGAGGUUCAGUGAACCUUAUAGGUUGGGCCCUUCCUUCUGGGAUCCCUUGAUCAUAUGGGAAGUUCUCUAGGCUCUCAGCAGCCCUGCAUUCACACACUGACUGAGGCGCGACCUGUAUGUUGUGUUUGAGGGGGAUGUGUGGCAGAGGUAUGGCUGUGGCAAGGCCGGUGCCUUUUAUUCUUGAGAUUGAGUCUUAUGUAGCUCAGGCUGGUCUUGAACUCACUCUCACUGUGUAGCUAGGGAAGACCUUGAGCCCUUGCCUCAGCCAGAAUGCUCAGAUGUCAGGCAGCGCACCACGUGACUGUUUCUUUCCAUUGUCUUGUCUUUUUGUUGUUGUUGUUUUCGAGACAGGGUUUCUCUGUGUAGCCCUGGCCGUUCUGGAACUCACUCUGUAGACCAGGCUGGCCUUAAACUCAGAAAUCCACCUGCCUCUGCCUCUCAAAUGCUGGGAUUAAAGGCGUGCACCACCACGCCCUUUUUCCUUUUUCUUAAGUCAAGGUCUAUUUGUGUAGCCCAGGCUGGCUUCAAGCUCAUGACACUCUUCCUGCCUCUGCGUCUGGAACUAUGAACAUACCUUACUACUCUGUGCUUACCCACGCCAUGGGUAGACAGACUUCUAGACUUGGUCAACCCCCACCCACAAGGCAGGCAAAUUAAGUCCCUGCAGGUGCUUUCUUUGGAGGAAAGCCCGCUUUCAUAGUGAUCUGUCAAGCUAGAAAGCACUCCCGCCACCCAGAUAUCUAAGUGUGAAUCUUUGGACAACUGGUGACUUCUGGCCAGCUUUUCUGGGGCCGGCCUCUGUCCAGGUGUCUGCCCAGGACCCUGCUCAGUGCCUGUCUGUCUCACACCAGUGACUUCCUCACACCCGCCUGUUCAGGCCCAGUCUUUUCCGUUCAAGUGCUACAGGCCAAGUAGGCUCAAACUGUGGGUUUGUCUUGGGCAUCCACAGCAGAAUCAGAACCCAGAGCUUUGAAGCCUGAGUGAGGGGAGGGGGGCACUCAGGCUUCCGUCUCUCUGAGAAACAGACGAUGAAGAGGCCCUUAAAACUCUUUGCAACCCCAUGAGCCUCCCCAAUGAGCCUGUGACACACCGGAACUCACCUCUGUGGGUGGCCGGGAGGGGGAACAGGGUCAUGGAAGAUCCAGAUGUCCAUGUGGUCAAGGCUAAACUGUACUAAAUAAAAUUAUUUCUCAUCACCACUAUACAUGCAUAAUAAAUAAAGUGUACAUCAAAA